AUGGCCACAAGGUAUUUCAAAUUGGUGCAAUCACAUGAAGAGAUUGUACGGCUCAAUGUCGAGAUCAAAUGCUUACAUUGUUGGGUUGAGCACGAGGACAGGACCACAUUGGAAGCUAUUGAUUCACUCCUCGCUGAUGACCCAGAUUCUCCACUCAUAGCCGAGUUGAAGACAUUGUAUGCCAAGCACCACCAUGUCAACAACAACCAUCACAAGCAACUCCAACAAAUUUACACACUCGACAGAUACACAGGUGAUCGUCUUCCUACAGACCAGACAGUGACUGCAUCCAAUGGAGACAGAGAUGACAAGGGUAGCAUGAAUGGUCCUGAAGAUGAUGCUAUGAACAAGGAGGCCAUGAGACUUGAAGAUUUAGUGUCGCAUUCUUUGUAA